GCCUUGCACACGGAAUAUGUCUUACAGCCAAGAUGCACAGUCAAAUGAAGUGCGCCAUGCACGAAAGGGGAACACACACGUCCCAGCUAUUCGUUCAUCCCGCCCGGUCCUAGGUUCUCAGCGCCAGGGACAUGUCUCUCAGAGAGGGCGCGCUCUCAGCCGCGGGCGCGGAAGGGGCUACAACGGCCCUGCCCACGGUCCACACCUCUCAGGGCCACGACAAGACGCCGCGCUCUCUGCUGGCGGCCCGUCGAGUUCACAUGCAAGCCGUCACGGCCAGUCCACCUCCAAUUGGCGCGGCUCGACGCCCAACUGGGCGCAUCGUACACAUUAUCGUUCGAGCAGAACGCCGAAAAAACCUAGACUGGAAGACGCGGGGAUCAUUCCCGGUGUCAAUCGGGUUUCCUCUACAGACGCUGCAGAGGACCGAGCGCCGUUACGUGCAGCGGCACUGCACGACCCUCUAUCUCUGGAUCAGCCGGAACCCUUGGACGAGCCAUUGUUGACUUACCGAAGUCCAACACCAGAUGGAUUGGGUCGAACGCCCUCUUCAGAGGUUUCUGGACCGUCAGGGUCUACGCAU